AUGACGCCGGCAGAACGUCUGCGCAAACACCAACGUGCGCUCGAGAAAACGCAAAGAGAACUGGACCGUGAGCGGGUCAAGCUAGAGAACCAGGAGAAGAAACUCGUGGCAGAUAUCAAGAAGAGCGCAAAGAACGGUCAGAUUGGUGCCUGCAAGAUCCAGGCGAAGGAUCUGGUUCGGACACGGCGGUAUAUCCAGAAGUUCUACCAGAUGAGGACCCAGUUGCAGGCCAUCAGCCUGAGGAUACAAACUGUCCGGAGCAAUGAGCAGAUGAUGCAGUCCAUGAAAGGGGCUACGAUGCUUCUAGGCAGCAUGAAUCGCCAGAUGAACUUGCCGGCACUUCAGCGCAUCGCCAUGGAGUUCGAGCGCGAGAACGACAUCAUGGACCAGCGCCAGGAGAUGAUGGAUGAUGCCAUCGACGAUGUCACAGGGCUGGAAGAUGAAGAGGAAGGCGAGGAAGUGGUGAAUCAAGUCCUCGACGAGAUUGGCGUCGAUUUGAACAAUGCUCUCGGUGAGACUCCGACAGGAAUCCAGAAAGCAGCUGUACCGGAAGGCCGGGUCGCCCAGGCUAUAGGCGGUGGAGGCGAAGACGACGACUUGCAAGCCCGCCUUGACAGUUUACGAAAGUAG